UCUCUCUGUCUCUCUCCCCUAAGAAGCUGUUCCGACAUCUCCAGCAAAAAUGGCUCUAACAAGCAAACCUAACAACCUUUUCCAAAAGCCCUUAUUUUCCUCUAAAAUUCCAUCUGUAUCUUCCUCUUCCACUUCAAUCUCAUCCAUUUCUUCUCGAAAGCCUCGUCCUUUGACCAUCCGGAGUUCAGUGGCCGUCGCUCCGUCGACGGUAAAAGUUGCCAAGGAGUUCGCCGUCAAGUCUGUGAAGGCGAGACAGAUCAUUGAUAGCAGAGGUAAUCCAACCGUUGAGGUUGAUCUUGUCACCGAUGAUCUCUAUAGAUCUGCAGUUCCCAGUGGAGCUUCCACUGGGAUCUACGAGGCCUUGGAGCUCAGGGAUGGAGACAAGAGUGUUUAUGGCGGAAAAGGUGUUCUUAAUGCCGUCAAAAACAUAAAUGAGGUCUUGGCCCGGAAGCUAAUCGGUGUUGAUGUCAGGAAUCAAGCUGAUGUUGAUGCUAUCAUGCUAGAGUUUGAUGGAACUCCAAAUAAAUCAAAAUUUGGGGCUAAUGCCAUUCUAGGAGUAUCCUUAAGUGUCUGUAGGGCUGGGGCAGGAGCAAAGGGAGUGCCUCUAUAUAAGCACAUUCAAGAAUUGGCCAGAACAAAGGAACUUGUUAUGCCAGUUCCAGCUUUCAAUGUCAUAAAUGGGGGAAGCCAUGCUGGCAAUAAUUUAGCCAUGCAAGAAUUCAUGAUACUACCAGUUGGUGCAGCUUCGUUUGCUGAGGCAUUGUGCAUGGGUAGUGAAGUAUAUCAUAUAUUGAAGGGCAUCAUCAAGGCAAAAUAUGGACAAGAUGCAUGCAAUGUUGGAGAUGAGGGCGGAUUUGCCCCCAAUGUUCAGGACAACAGGGAAGGAUUGGUUUUGCUCAUUGAUGCAAUUGAAAAGGCUGGUUACACAGGAAAGAUAAAGAUAGGAAUGGAUGUUGCAGCUUCAGAAUUCUUCACAAAAAAUGGGAAGUAUGAUCUAAAUUUUAAGAAGCAGCCAAAUGAUGGAGCUCAUGUUCACACGGCACAAAGCCUAUGUGAAUUGUACAAAGAAUUUAUCAGAGACUUUCCAAUUGUUUCCAUCGAAGAUCCCUUUGAUCAGGACGAUUGGACCUCAUGGGCUUCACUACAGUCUACAGUUGAUAUCCAACUUGUUGGAGAUGACUUGUUGGUUACAAAUCCAAAGAGAAUUGCUGAGGGAAUCCAAAAGAAGGCUUGCAAUGCCCUGCUAUUAAAGGUUAACCAAAUUGGCACAGUCACAGAAUCCAUUCAAGCAGCUCUUGACUCAAAAGCUGCGGGCUGGGGUGUGAUGGUCAGCCACCGAAGUGGUGAGACGGAAGAUAACUUUAUUGCAGAUCUCUCUGUUGGCUUGGCAAGUGGACAGAUAAAAACAGGAGCUCCCUGCCGAAGUGAGCGGUUGGCUAAAUAUAAUCAGCUUCUGCGCAUUGAAGAGGAACUUGGUAACGUGCGCUAUGCUGGGGAAGCAUUCAGAUCUCCUUAGCAAGACUCAGGAUGAGUCAACAGUUUUAAUGGAAAUAAGGUACUGGUCAAACUGGCCCAAUGUAUGAUGAAGGCAUUAGAUUAUGUAAUGGGCUAGAGGACUUAACCAUGAGUUGAAUUACAUCUAGCGAGACAAUGAAGCUAAUUGGUUUAAUUAAUCGGCAUAGAUGGUGUUAGAAGUGAUUUUGUGUUCUUUGAUUUCGCAUUUAUUUCUGAAGUUUUUAAAAAAAAUUAUUUAUCUUGUCAUUAA